CCCGUGAUCUACUGCUCUGCGGCCGUUUUUAGGGCGCUCGGUUGAGCUGCUGUUGCCUCCAGGUGGGGCCGGGAGUGCAGCCCGGGCCCAUGGCGUCCGCUGUGGAAGUCAAGAAAUUCUGCCCUCGAUCAGUACUUGGACAAAUUUGCUGGAGACAAGCUCAGACUUCUUAUGAGAAGCCAGGCUUUCUCUUCUCCACGUGACUUCCUGGCUGUUAAGAGAGGAGACUAUGCUCUCAGGUUUUCUGAGAUGGUGAUUUGAAGAGCUAGGUUUUCCAAUAUGAAUAAAGUAAAAACAACAUCCGAGAAAAGUCUCCCUAACAAUUCUCGGAUUGUGGCACUGCUAACGCAACUGGAGAAGAUCAACUCAGAAUCCUUGUUAGUAGAAGCAGACACUGCCAGAUAUGUUACCUCAAAGAUCCUUCAUUUGGCUCAAAGUCAAGAAAAAACCAGGAAGGAAAUGACUGCCAAAGGUUCCACAGGAGUAGAAGUUAUCCUCUCCACUUUAGAGAAUACCAGAGAUCUUCAGACUACUCUAAACAUAUUAAGUAUUCUCAUUGAGUUAGUAUCUGUUGGUGGUGGUCGCAGAGCUUGCAUUUUAGUUUCUAAAGGGGGGACACAGACCUUGUUGCAGUUGCUUUUGGGUGCCAGCAAAGACUCUCCACCAAAUGAGGAAUUAAUGGUGCAACUUCAUUCCCUUCUUGCAAAAAUUGGUCCAAAAGGUAAUCACAGUAGAGAUAAAAAGUUUGGAGUUAAAGCCAGAAUUAAUGGAGCCUUAAACAUAUCAUUGAAUUUGGUGAAACAGAAUUUGCAGAACCAUAGAUUAAUACUGCCAUGUCUCCAAGUACUACGGGUUUACUCUACCAACUCUGUAAAUGCAGUAUCCUUGGGGAAGAAUGGAGUUGUGGAACUGAUGUUUAAGAUCAUUGGUCCUUUUAGUAAAAAGAACACUGGCCUUAUGAAGGUUGCUUUAGACACACUUGCUGCAUUGCUAAAAUCAAAAACAAAUGCCAGGAGAGCAGUUGACAGAGGAUAUGUCCAGGUGCUUUUAACAAUUUACGUAGAUUGGCACCGCCAUGAUAGUCGACACAGGCACAUGCUAAUCCGAAAAGGAAUCUUACAAUGCAUUAAAAGUGUUACAAAUAUCAAAUUGGGAAGGAAAGCCUUUAUCGAUGCAAAUGGAAUGAAAAUUCUUUAUAAUACUUCACAAGAUUGCCUUGCAGUAAGAACUCUUGAUCCACUUGUUAACACAUCCAGCCUAAUAAUGAGAAAAUGUUUCCCUAAAAACCGUCUUCCACUACCAACAAUUAAAAGUGCUUUUCAUUUUCAACUCCCAGUUAUUCCUACCAGUGGUCCUGUGGCUCAGCUCUACAGUUUGCCUCCAGAAGUGGAUGACGUAGUAGAUGAAAGUGAUGACAAUGAUGACAUUGAAACAGAAACAGAAACAGAGACUGAAAAUGAAAAUGAAGAUGACAAGGACCAGCAUUUUAAGAAUGAUGAUAUAGAGACAGAUAUUGAUAAGCUGAAACCAAAGCAAGAAUUGGGACGACCCAUUGAAGAACUAAAAAUAUAUGAACAGUUUUUCCCUGAACUUGCGGAGAACUUUCAGGAAUAUGACCUAGUCUCCAAGGAACCAAAGCCUUUUGCAUCUGCUACAAAUCUAGGUGGACCUAUUGUUGUUCCCACAGCAGGAGAUGAGCACCCUGCAGAAGCGAAUCAGUCAGUAAAAGGAAUUGCUGUGAAGGACCGCAGUUCCUUACAAAUGGAGGAAUAUAAUAAGAGACCAUGCUUGCUGGAUCUGCCAAAGAAAGACCAUAACAAAGAUAGUUUACAGCUGCAAAAUGAUCAAAAGAAAUUGCUUUCAUCCUGUCAGUGUCUAAGCCAAGAAAUUGUGAAAGGCUUGGACAGAAUCACUUUGCAGAAUACUUCAAAAAAUGAACAGUAUUACAGUACAGGGUGCCUAAUAAAGAAAGAAAGUAAAACUAGCCUUACCACCCCCACUUGUAAUAAACCUUGCCAACAUGUUUCAUCUUGUGGAAGUGGCCUGUUUGAGGGACCGUCAGUCCAGCUAGGGAAGCUGUGCUGCACUGGAGUAGAUCCUGAAGAGGAGGAGGAUUCCAGCUCUCAUUCAUCAGGAGAGCAAGUGCUACUUGAGGUGCCUGAUAUGUUGCCACUCCAUGACCCCGAUCUUUAUAUUGAGAUUGUGAAAAACACUAAGUCUGUCCCUGAGUAUUCAGAAGUGGCUUACCCAGAUUACUUUGGGCACAUUCCACCUCCGUUUAAGGAGCCAAUCCUAGAAAGACCAUAUGGUGUUCAGAGGACAAAAAUCGCUCAAGAUAUAGAAAGACUGAUUCAUCAAAAUGAUAUUAUAGAUAGAGUUGUAUAUGACCUUGACAAUUCCAGCUGUUCAGUGCCAGAAGAAGGAGAUAUCUUGAAGUUUAACUCCAAAUUUGAGUCUGGGAAUCUGCGCAAAGUUAUUCAGAUUAGGAAAAAUGAGUAUGAUCUUAUUCUGAACUCCGAUAUAAACAGCAAUCAUUAUCAUCAGUGGUUUUACUUUGAAGUCAGUGGAAUGAAGACAGGAAUUGGUUACCGGUUUAACAUCAUCAAUUGUGAAAAGUCAAAUAGUCAAUUUAAUUAUGGUAUGCAGCCUCUCAUGUACUCUGUUCAGGAGGCGUUAAAUGCCAGGCCAUGGUGGAGUCGUGUUGGAACAGAUAUUUGUUACUACAAGAAUCACUUUUCCAGAAGUUCAAUUGCUGCUGGUGGUCAGAAAGGAAAAUCCUAUUAUACAAUUACAUUCACAGUGAGCUUCCCACAUAAGGAUGAUGUCUGCUACUUUGCUUACCAUUAUCCAUAUACGUAUUCUACGUUAAAAAUGCAUCUUCAGAAAUUGGAAUCCAUGCACAACCCUCAGCAGAUUUAUUUUCGUGAAGAUGUACUCUGCGAGACGCUAGCUGGCAACAGCUGCCCUUUAGUCACUAUAACAGCCACGCCAGAAUCAAAUUAUUAUGAACAUGUCUGUCAGUUCAGAAAUCGUCCUUAUGUUUUCUUAUCUGCUCGUGUACAUCCUGGAGAAACUAAUGCAAGCUGGGUUAUGAAAGGGACUUUGGAAUACCUUAUGAGUAGUAGCCCUGCUGCCCAGAGUUUACGAGAAUCCUAUAUUUUUAAAAUUGUCCCUAUGCUCAAUCCUGAUGGUGUCAUCAAUGGAAACCAUCGUUGUUCUUUAAGUGGGGAGGACUUGAACAGGCAGUGGCAAAAUCCAAAUCCAGAUCUUCAUCCCACAAUUUACCAUGCCAAGGGCUUGUUACAGUAUAUGGCUACUAUUAAGCGUUUACCUCUGGUCUACUGUGAUUAUCAUGGACAUUCUCGCAAAAAGAAUGUAUUUAUGUAUGGCUGCAGUAUCAAAGAGACAAUGUGGCACACUAAUGUUAGUGCUGCAUCUUGUGAUGUGAUUGAAGAUCUUGGUUACAGGGCUCUUCCUAAGAUUCUCAGUCAGACUGCCCCUGCAUUCUGUAUGAGCAGCUGCAGUUUUGUUGUGGAAAAGUCUAAGGAAUCGACAGCACGUGUUGUAGUCUGGAGAGAGAUAGGAGUACAAAGAAGCUACACAAUGGAGAGCACAUUAUGUGGCUGUGAUCAGGGCAAAUAUAAGGGUUUGCAGAUAGGGACACGAGAACUGGAAGAAAUGGGAGCCAAAUUCUGCGUUGGCUUACUGCGUUUAAAAAGAUUGACAUCUCCUCUGGAACACAAUUUGCCAUCUAGCCUCUUGGAUAUUGAAAAUGAGUUGAUUGAGUCAAGCUGUAAAGUAACCAGCCCAACUACAUAUGUUCUGGAUGAAGAUGAGCCUCGCUUCCUAGAAGAAGUUGAUUACAGUGCUGAGAGUAAUGAUGAGCAAGAUGUUGAAUUGGUUGAUAAUGCAGGCGAUUAUGAGCCUUCUAUUCAAGAAGAUGCACUUUCUGAUUCAGAAGCCACAAGGAUACAGCUGCCUUGAGCCAUCUUUGUAGAAACCAAUAAGGAAUUAAAUAUACUGGGUUUUAGUAGAUAGGAAACAGGGAAGCUCUCAAGAGAGUUGUCUCCAAGAGACAAAGUAAUUGAGGCCCAUUUAGUUGAAAGACAAUAAAUGUUUUUGACUGAUCAAAAUGGCAUUUGUUUUAUUUAAAGAAUUCAGUGUUUUCAUUUAGCACUGGAUAUAUCCAUUUCUUUCCUUUUUAUUUUUCAUUUUCUUCCAGAUAUUAUUGCAUGAAGUUUUGUGUCCUGAAACCCUGUAACAAUCAACAAAUGAAUUAUAAUUUGUGGUGUGUCAGAAUACAGAAAGUAUUCUUAAUUCCUUGUGGUACAGUUCUUUAGCUUGUUUCCUGAAAAAAAAUAACAUGUACAGUUUUAAAAUUGAUUUGUGUGUAAUGUUUAAUGAGGUGAAGAGUUUUUUUCUUCAAAAUUAUGUUAAAUAUAUGAUUGCGUUUUGAAAUAAUGUAGAGCUUGCUUUGAAACCAUUUCAUUCUACUAUUACUAAAUUAAACAAAAAUGAAAAAGUGAUGCAUCAAUUGUUGCACUUGUUUUUUGAUUCUUUAACAUAGAUAUAUGGCUUUACAGCAGCCUUGAGUUAAAAUAUACUAUAACAUCUGAACUAAUGCCUGUUUAAAAUGCAAAGUAUUCUUACAGGAUGGUACAGUUUGUCAGUCUGCUGAUCAAAGUUUUUCUAGUGAUUAGUCAUCUCUGCCUACUCUGAAUAUAUUUCCAUAAAACUCUUCCCUGAAACAGCAUUUCAUGAGAGGGAGACCAUUUAUCACUGCAAUCAGUUUAAUAUUAAAGGUUUGUUAAAAAGAAUAACUUACUCAAUGAUAAGAAGUGGCAAUAUGUGUAUACUUUAGGUAUAUUUAGCUACCUAUUUGUCAGCAGGUUUUUAAUUUAAUGCACUUAUAGUCAACAUUCAUUAUUGCUUUAUUCUGGACAUGUUGACCAUAUGCCCAGUUUAUACAUUUUAAGAGGGAACUAGAUGUCCAUUUUAACUUAUGCAUGCACAUAUGAGUCAAAUUGCUGUGCUGAAGAAAUCAAACUCAAUUUUCCCUCUCCUGUGUUCCUCUUCCUUUCUUGUCUCUUUCUGUUUUGUUUAGAAUAAGAUCUAAUGCAGAAGUGGCAUGGUUCCCAAAUGUUUAUGAGAUGUGCUUUAGUAAUUUUUUUUAAUGAUUCUUUGUUGAAGUGACACAGUUCUGAGUUUAAUUUCUUUUCCUUUUUUGAAACUUGAUUGACAUGUGGAAUCUAAAGAUUAAAAGCUGCCUUCCUGUAUUUCAACAGGUCCAUAACUUAAGAGGAAAAUGGAAGCAUUAGUGGUGCAAAUCAAGUUGAUGUGGUGUUAUAUUUGGGGUUUUGCUUUUUGUUUUUCUUAGUACAUGGGUUAAAGAAAUGUAGAGAAGUAGAUAGCUCAAGGGAUUCAACAGCACCACACCUAUGAAUGGCCAGGUAUGCCAAGUUCCCUUUCCUGUAAAGAAGAACCCAUACAAAAAUGAUGCUAACAAUUUUUACUACUUGGUGUUACUAGCACUCUCCAGAAUGCCCAAGGACUGAACUUGCCUAUGGAAGAUGAAGUACCCUCUUGCCUUUAGAGGUCAUGCCUUUAGAGUUAGGGUUGCGGGAUGCUGACAUUCAAGUAUAGGAAAUUGAUCCUGCAUCUUGUAAUAGUCUGUGCAUGAAUUGGGGCCUUUUUCUUCCAGAUGUUUACUCUAGAGCCUUUCACAUGUAGUAUUCUUUUAUCGUGUUAACAUUUGAAAAUCAGCAACUUUGUGUUAUAUUGGUUAUAUUAAUAUAGGUUUAUAAUAAAACUAAUGAACACCACGCUACACACUGAUAGCAUUAGGAGUGUACCUAUUACAUUAAAAACUCCAUUGUCUCAGUCGUACAGUAUUCUAUUCCAAGUAUAUGUGUGUACGUAUACUCUUUUCCCAAGUUCCAGAGCCAUUAGUCUAGACAGAAAGGAAUUAUAAAUGAGUAUUGAUUAAAUGUAUAUCUAGGGGGUUAGUAACAAACAAAUGCUUUCCUUAAAACAAAAAUCUAAAAUAUGCACAACAGGAAUAUAAUUUCAAACUUGUUUUUGUGAAUCUGACUGAACUUUUAACAGUGAAAUUCAGAUAUAAGGUGGAACUCUGCCCUUGAUUUCACCCACUGCAGUUGAGAAUUUUAUAGCCAUGUUUCAUAUGAAGUUCUGUACAGGACUCAAUUCCUAGUGCAGCAUUUUAAGGAUAGAAUUUUAGCUUUACUUCUGAAUUUCCUUAAUUUUUAUGACUCAACAUUCCUGGAUCAUAUAUGAUUCCUAUAAAUUGAAGCAUGACGAUCCUCCAUAGAGGAAGAAGCCAUCACUUCCGUUCCCUUAGCAACACCGAGUAAACUUUAGAAAUAUAAGGAUUUGAUUUUUGAUUAUGAUAUUUACUUUUUGUUUCUUGAGAUCAACCAUGUUGUAUUGCUAGAAAAAGAAUUUUCUUAUUUCCUACCAGACAUGAAUCAGCACAGAUUUGCUAUUUUAUUCACCAGUGACAUCCUUCUUUGUGUAAUGUAAUUUUUGAGCAAAGAUUGCCAUUUGUGCCAAUUUUAUGUGGUAACUUUUGGAUGUGGAAUAUUGUGGAAAGUCUAACAAAUCAAGGAAAACCAGUUUUCAUUUUAAAUAAGGUUUCAACAAGAUUAAACACAGUUCAAAAAAGCCAAGAAGUCUGGGUUUCAGAUGACUUUUCAUUGUAAUUCUGUAGUGAAUAUAAUUGUGGCAAUGUUUAUUGUGCAUGCCCCAGAUACAAAUAUAUUAUUAAGAAAAUGUAUAAUAAAGGACUGGAUUAUAAUCAA